AACACUUACAUUUGAAUUUCUGUCACACCUGCCUGUAUAUUUUCCAUGCACACCGCUGUUAUAGCAACAUAAUUUCUUGUUUAUUAUUGUAACCAUCAAUAGACAACAGCCGCCAAGAUGCCGAAAAUAUUGUUCAAUAAGUACAAGAAGGUGGAAAGCACCAUAGACCCGUCCCGUCACUUGGCCAAGUUCAAGGAAAUCGACGAGGCGAAGCGCCAUACCGAGUCUGAUAUCUAUGAUGAUGAAGAGGAGGGAUAUUACGAGGAGGAAAUGGGUGAAUACACAGAAGGCGACUUUAGUCUAUCUGAGGGUGAGCCGGCAUUGAAUAUCGGCAAGAUCGACUUGUCGUUUCCGGAAACAAUCGAAGAGUUUGAAAACAGUCCGCAAUGCUAUCCUCCGUCGUACUACACGCUCUCCCCCAAGGAGCGGCUGCUCCUGCUCUACGCCGAGAAUUUCCGCAAGCAAUUGGUUCUCUCGUAUCCUAAAAAACGAGCCAUGGUCCUGGCAUUGCCCAAUGAGUGCAGAGUUCAGAAAUUUGUGUGUACUACUAUAAGACCAACAGCAUUUAUUUACCCGGAACUUAUAUCGAGUGUGGAGAAAAUAGCCACAUUUGUGGCCGAUUUCAUUGAAUAUGAGCCAUUGGAGGAUCAAAUUAACCUGCCCACUCGCCUCAUUUCCCCCGACACCUUGUUGCGGCGCCGGAAGGGCAACUCCUAUGAAAUGGCCACCCUGCUGGUCAGCAUGCUGAUUGGAGCUGGCCAUCCCGCCAUGGUUGUGUCCGGAGUAGCCCGCGAGGAGGUCGUGAUCAACGACCAACUGGCCAUACCCUAUCCAUAUCCCAUCGUCGAGGUGGAGGCGGAGGAGGUGUCGAAGCCGGUCGAGAAGCCAGGACAAAAGUACAAGCUACGCGGAUUACCAGACUUGCAGAGUCAUCUCGAUGAGGAUAUCGCCGAGGUUCACAGGGUAAAGGAGGCCGAAGAGAAGCGGAUUCAGGAUGAAAUUAUUCGAAAGAAAAUGGAGGAUCUCGAGCUGCUGGCCGUGGACCGACACCAUUAUCGGCGCAGUCAUGCCUGGGUGGUGAUCAUAAACAAUGCCCCCUGGAGCAUCAAGCCGAAGACUACCUACGUGGACGUGAACGGGGACGUAGUGGAGGCUCCACCCUCGGCCACCUUCAUAGAGCCCUCGACAGGAUUUAUCUGCGAGUCGGGCUGCAAGCAGUACAUCCUGAUAGACAGCGUCUGGAACCAGUAUAACUACUAUGUCAACAAGCAGAAGUACCAGAGGGUGGGCGAUCUCCGCUGGGAUCUCCGGGAGACCGCCGACUGGGAGCACAUGCUGCCCGGGGAGCCACCCGAGAUGCGCACCUAUAAGAUGGCUUCUGACGAGAAUAUUGCCGAGGAGGAUCGCGACAUUGGCGAGGAGAAGCACCUGGACUGCAUUUGCGAGUGGGUGGAAAGACUCCACAUCGGGCUGUCCGACUUUGAGCAGCGUUUUCCCAAAAGCGAAAAGAAGAUCCAAUACAAGGGGGCAAUCGAGGAGCGCUUUGCUCCUUACUCCCAGCGGGAUGGCAAGGUGAAGCAACUGACCAUCUACAACAACGACGAGUGCACGGAUCCCAAGAUCCGGUACGAGUACUAUGAGAACCGAUCCGACCUCAUGCGCCAUGUCAAGUACACGUACGCCAAGGAUCAGUUCGAGGAGAUAUUCGGCAAGGGCCGCAACGACAGUUUGAAAUCUAUGGAGUACUUUUCGGACUCCUCACAGCAGCGUAAAGUGUAUUUCUAUUCGGGCUCCAGGAUAGAUUCCUUGGACCUAAUGGUGGUCGAGACCCAGUCACUCGUUCUCCACUACAAGGGUCGCAUGGACAAGUGUUGGUACAAGGAAUUCCAUUUUACAACUGGAAAUAAAAUAAAAAAAGUCAUUGAAAAAUUCCACAAAGGCAAUGCCGAUGAUAUAGGAGCCACAGAUAUAGCCACGCGCACGUUUCUCUUCCAACAGAAUAAAAUUAUCCUAAAGUUCCAUUAUACCUUUGGGGCCCUCACCGCCACCACGGUGGAGUUCACUAAGCCACCAAGACCGGAUUAUGGUCAGGAGCUGGUUUAUGAUGAGAAACUAACCAAGAUAUACAAGGCGAAUCCCUUAGAUCCCACUCGCAGUAAUCUCGAGCUCUACCGACUCUUACGCGAUCAACUUAGCUACGAGGAUCAACUGAGAAAGAACUUUGAGAAAAUCGUUGACGACAUCAACAAUAUCUUUGAUGUGCGUAGGUCUGAAAAGAGUGAGCCCAAGUUGAAGUUCACUAUAUUUGAUCCGCUGCGAAAUGGGGCAGCCAGGGCCAUAAGGAUGAAACAGUUCGAAGAGGAAGAGGAACUCAAGAAAGAAAUUGCUAGUAAGCCUGCCGAUUUCCUGGCUCCCUAUCUGGUGCCCUACCAGGACGAACUAACCCCUGAACAAUCUCUGUAUGCCUACAAUGCCUGCCUGAAUGACCUCAAGUCGCGAUUCGUCAGCCUUUUGAAUAACCUGCAGCGUCACUACGAAGAUCUCACCUCGGAGUCAAAGUCCCUGAAUCGUUUCCUCAACAAAUUCGAAAAUCAAUUCAACAACUAUGACUACAAGCGGCUGGUGCAACAGUCAAAGGACCUGGAGCUCAAUAAAAGAAUGGUUCAACAGCGCCUGACCCUGACUCAUGAGGAGUCCCAGAAGAAAUAUGAGCUUGUCAAGAGUUCGCUGCUCAAGGAUACUCGCCUCAAUCUGAAAAAGGAGGAUAUGAUCAAGCAGACCACUGAGGGAUAAAAAUAAGAUAUAUUUGAAAAAUAAAUUAGUCUGGCAAGGGAAAUAAAAUUUAAGAAAGUUAA